AUGGGGCGAUUUGUUGUCUCGCCAACCUGCGCAUCGUGCGUGGCCCACGCGUCUUCGCUGUCCGCCGUGAAGCGGGCCGCCCACCCAUCGACUCGCACCGAGCCCGGCGGCGUCACGCCCGGGGGCGACGGAAGCGGCAGCUUCACCGGCGGUCUCCUCCACUCGAGCACCGCGGCGCCGCGGCACGCGCGAAAAACCGUUUGCCAAACGCCGAUCCACCAAAGUUGCGCCCCCCCAAUGCUGCAGGCCGUGCGACCUCCCAGACGGGGCGGGUCCGGAGGAAACAAUGCGACCGCGGCCGUCUCGAGUGAACCGCUCUGCCUUGCGGUGGCCGGUGAGGGCGCCGAUCCCCGCUAG